AUGUCGCCGAUUAUCAGAGGAAAAGUCCGUGUCUACACUACCCUUGCAUGCGAACAAUGCAAAAAAUCCAAGACCAAAUGUGUUCAAUCACCUAAUAUAACCAUUCCGAUUAUUAGCGAGAAGGGUCUUUCUGGUAAUGAUGAUAGAAGUGAAAGUAGUAAAUAUUGGGGUAGUAGUAAUUCUAGUAAUACUUUAGUCAAGCAAGAGAUUUUGAACGAACAAAUAAUGCAAGCAAACUCAUUCGUAGAUGUAAUCAAAAAGGAUACCAAAAGUAAUGAGGGGAAAAUGGAUGUCAAGGAAAAGCAAGGAGUUAAUAGUGAGGUGAAUCUUAAUUUCAAUGAAACCUCGGAGACGGGUAAAUGCGAUCUACCAAAUAUCCAAGCUGGAGUAAAUAAAUCACUCCCAACCUUCCCUGCCUAUAUAAACUUCUCGGUUAACAUAAACACUAAAAAUCAAGUGAAUACCGCAGAUAGACCUCGUUGUGAGAGAUGCAAGAAGCAUGAUCUCAAAUGUGAAUAUGUAGUUUCUUCUAAGAAGCGUGGUCCUAAAAUAAGGAAUUCUAAAAUGUUGGUGGAGAAUCUUAUUAAUUUAUAG